UACAAAACCUCCUGCACUGCGGCUGUGAGAGCAAUAUAUUCAGCCUCGCAGGUUGACAGAGCCACGACUGGCUGUUUCCUUGAUUUCCAUGAAAUCAGAGGACCUUCUUGUGUCAAACCAAAACAGGAACCUGAUGUGCUGCGUCUAUCUUCAACACUGGAUGCCCAAUCAGAUUUCAGGAAGUGGUCCAAAGUGGAGGUCUGGUCUGUCUGCAAGAUGCUCAUUUCAACAAGGAACUUGGUUCUCUUUGGAACUGCUCUGAUUUUAUGGAUGGCUUUGAAUACAUUCAUCACAAAUUCUUUUGGAAUUGCCCUAGUGCUCUUCACAGUUGUCCUUGGUGCAAUUCAAUACGUGAAAUUACCUCGGCUUGACGAAAGCCGUGUCAGUGACAACAUUUUGAGUUUGUUCAAAUUUGACAAUGAUGACUUAAAGAAGAAUAUCAUUUUUCACAAAGGAGGCGCUCAUCAUGCACCUGAGAAUACUGUUGAAGCCAUUCAGAUGGCAGCAGACCUUGGAGUGCGCAGUGUGGAAAUAGAUUUAGAGUUCAGCAAAGACGGUGUGGGUGUGGUGAUUCAUGGGCCUAAAGUUGACGACACUACAGAUGGGACAGGUUUUGUCUCCAACUACACUUUUGACCAACUUCAGAAACUGAACGCGGCUGCCAAGGAUGCAAAUAAGAGCCGGUUUCCUUCAGUUCGAGUGCCUUCAUUGGAGGACUGUGUCAAGGAAUGCAUCAAGCAAAACCUGAUCUUGUUCAUAGAUUGCAAAAGUAAUGCUUCUGAA